AUGGAGGGGAUCAUCAUUGCACGCUGCUUUAAAACUUUGAUGAAACAGAUCCUACAAGCUGAGACUGAACUUCAGAAGCCUGGUGCCAUGCAGAACUGUAGCCUGUUCUUCGAUGUGCAACAACUGAUGACCUACCUGAAGGAAUUCCACGGCAGUACCUUCAGGAAGAUCCUACUGACUGGGCUGGCAGAUGCAACCAUCAGGAAACAGACAUCUGUGCAGAGUCAGUCUGCCAGCUCGGGUGUUCUUGGAUCAAAGGACCUUGGGAUGGGAAAAGGUGCGUCCGGAUCGGACAAGACGCGCAAGGGACAUGGUCGGCGCGAUUUCUUCCGUAGACGAUUCGUGAAGCGUAGCAGCAGCACUAGCGUUUCCAGCUCAGGCUCCGAGCUCGAGGCCUUCGAUAAUAACGGAGCGUCCGCUGUAAAAGCCUCAUCAGUGAAUCAAAACAGACAGAUGAGUAUCACCAGUGUGGGGAGCAUCAGUGAGGACGAUGGUUCCACUCUGUUUAACAAGGGCAAGAGGAGAACAUUUGGACUUAGGAUCAGACUAGGCUCAUGGAGAAAGUCCUCCCGUCGUAGAUCCCGGAAGUUUUCCCAGGAUCCAGAGGAAGCCAGUGAGAUGCAGACGUUUCUGCCACAGCCAGCAAACAAAAGCGCUGAGAAAAGUGUGGAGUACCAUCUGGACCACCGCAGAGUGGGACUGCGAGCGCUGGCCAACAGUCAACACCUGCUGGCUAGGAUCAGUCGUAGGAGGAGGGGUCUCAUGUCUGAGGACAAGGAAGAGUCAUCUGACCAGCACAGCUCAGGCCCGCACAAUGAGACUACAUCAAAAGGCAGGCCCUCAGGCUGGGAGAGUAGAGAGAAGGGGGUGAACGCUGACUCUACACGGGACGGCAUGCACAUCUUCAGGUUCCUACUGAACGCCUGUCAGCCGGGAACUGUCCCCGACCCUGAACUACUGGCUGCAAUGCUUUAUUUGGAGGCCCCAGUUGUUGCUAGAGCUGCAGUGCUGCUGGAAUGUGCACACUUUGUCCACUUGUGCAACCGUGGGGAGUGGCCCGGCUGGAUGCGCGUCAUGCGGAACUCCAUCCGUCGCAGGACGGCAAACCGCGAUGCCGGAGGCGGCGCCGGAACAGCGCACGCAGACAUACAGCAGAGCGCAGCACAUCUGUUCUUUCAGUGGGGCGAGGCUAUAGGGUGGAGACUGAAGGAGAUUUUGCACCAGGACAGCCAGAAGUCAGUCUGCAUGUUUGGGUCCUUCCAAGAGGAGGUGACAAGAAACCAGAUGAAGAAGGAGGAUCUAGAGGAAGACUUCAUGGAUGAAGGAGCGCCUGGCACCAAUGGGGACUCCUGUCCCUACGCACUAAAGAUGGCUGCCUGUCAGCUUCUAGCAGAGAUCACCACAUUCCUGAGGGAAACUGGACAGUACCUUCCCAAAGCCAGUCAGCCACACCAUCCGUUUGUUGACCACACCCAGUCUAACACCAGUGAGCUGGUAGUGGAUCAUGGCGGCCCCAGGCAGCGAUGGAGUAACCUGGUACGUCCUCCUCAGGACGGCCCUCGCUCAAGCAUCGUCAAGGUCACCAUGGACGUUCCGGCAGGACAAGAAAGAAAGAUCAGCUUCACUGGUCUUGACGAUACUGAGUCGAUGCAUAGCAGCAGUACCACACUGGCUAAUGUGGAUAUGCCAUCAGAGGAAAAGAAGGUAUCAACAGCAGGUCGUAAAGCCCAGACCCCCAGUGCUCGCCGCUCGCUUCUCCGCCGCACGUACCACAACACCAGCAUGCGGAGAAGGGGCGGGAUUCAUGGCAAGAGAACUGGUGAGCUGGCAGUCACAGCACCACCGUUCCAGAGGAGAAGCAUGUCUGGUGAGUCGGAGGAGGAUCACUCUGGGAGUGAGGGAUAUGACAUGGAGAAGGAAGAAAGUCAUGAGGAAGACUACAGCUGCACUAACCUACCCUGGAUUGAUGUGAUUGUCCAGGUAGCCAACACUUCCAACUUCAUCUGUGAACACAAAGGGUUCUGUCACCCCGACUGCUACCACCGCCAGCAGCGCAGCUGUCUCCGGCUUGCCAAGGCGGUCCACACCGUGUACGGGGCAGGGAUGGACAUUCGCUGUCGAGACGAAGAUACAGAACAAGAGCAGAUGCCCAGCUCCAUGAGUGUAGGCAGGUCCAGUGGUGUACAGGGGGUUCCUGUAGAGCAGCUGGCAGCUUGUCACAGAUACGGGUGGUCAGAUCUGGCCAAAUCAGCUGCCAGCUCGGACAAUGGGAUGCUCAAGUAUCUACAGACACAGGUACUGAACCCGAGCCAGUGUGCGCUGACCACUCUAGUGAAGGCUGCCACUGUUCUAGUGGACGACACUUUCUGUGACAUCCUACCUGUAGCAUGGGAACUACUACUGGACAGUAAUCAGCAUGUAGCCAAGUCAGCAGCCACACUGAUGCUGUUGUCAUCUGUGAAGAUCCCUGAACAUGUGAUAGAGCUGUAUGUGAGGGAACUGCACCAUACUGACCCAACACAAAGGAUCAAUGCUAUCAAAAGAUGGCAGAUCCUGUGGAACAGUCGUUACCAUGUAUGGCCUAGUAUGGAGGAAGGGGCUUGCUUUAAGAUCCCACCCCCUAACAUAGACUUCACCCAGCCCUCCCCUCCUAUGGGCCUGGGAGGCUGCACGGUUGCAGACCCCCCUUGGAUGGCACACUGCACCAUGUGGGACGAGAACAUCACUGAUGAUGGACAGAAACGCAUGUUUGCAGCUGCAGCUACCAGCAGAACAGCUCAGCAGGAUGCCCACCUGCAUCAGGUGUUGCUGGAGGAGGAGCAGCACCUGCAGGUGGCACGUGGAGAGUGCCACGUCACAGCCGUGCCUGUCCUGCUGAAGGCAGGGUAUGAGCAAAGCCUGGUACAACAUGGAGAUGCAGAUGAUGAUGGUGAUUAUGUCACAGAGACCAUUUUUAUCCCUGGCUAG